AUGAGCGGCAAAAGGAAACGCGACGGCGUCGGAGGUCGUGACGGAGUGGAUAUGGAGGCGAUAGUGUGUGAGGGUGCAAUCAACCUGAAGCAGCGUCCUGUGUUGGUUGCUGCAUCAAUAGGAAGCUAUGGAGCAUAUCUAGCAGAUGGUUCUGAGUACAGUGGAAACUAUGGCCAAGAAAUUACUGUGGAAAUCGUCAAAGAUUUUCACAGGAGAAGGCUUGAGGUUCUUUCUGAAGCUGGAGCUGAUAUAAUUGCUUUUGAAACAAUUCCAAAUAAACUUGAAGCUCAAGUGUCCGGUCAACCUUUGACCCAAUGUGUUUCUCUGGCUGAUUCAUGCAACAAAGUCGUUGCUAUUGGAAUCAACUGCACUGCACCUAGAUUCAUCCACAAUUUAAUUCUCUCUAUUAAGAAGCUUAAUGCUCAAUUCAGAAGGAAUCCAUCAUUGAUACAAAAUUUGACAACUUAUUGA